AAUCACAAAUCACAACAAUUGAUGAACAAUUUUUUAUUUGUUCUUUCUGUAACCACAGGGUUUCCACGGAGGCCUGGUUGUAAAUCUGAAUCGACGUCCGGAGCGGAGUGGCAGCGGCUGUCAGGUUUCAGGACUAAAAUAGAAAUGAAUGCGGCUGAGGCAAAAGCUGUAGCCGCAGCUCCUCACUCCGUCGUUUCAGAGUUGCUUCAACAGUAUCUUAGUGGUUCUUAAUGUAUAUUAAUGGUCUUGUGUAUCGUAUUGGUUUUUAAUGUAUCUUUAAAUCUUAAUGUCAGCGGUUGGGUGGCUGAUCGUAGGUCUACUUUGUUUCUCUAAGAUCGUCAUGUCCGACCAACUCAAACUCAAGUCAGUAGACUUUGAAAUUUUCGGAAAUGUCCAGGGUGUCUGUUUCAGGAUGUACACGGAGCAGGAGGGGCGGAGCUUGGGCCUGAGUGGGUGGGUCCAGAACACCAGACGAGGCUCUGUUAUUGGUCAGAUCCAGGGAGCCGCCGGAAAGGUUGACCAAAUGAAGGACUGGCUGAGGAAUGUGGGGAGUCCCAGCUCUCGAAUCGACCGGGCCGUCUUCUCUAAUGAGAGAGACCUCAAAGAACCAGAGCUGAAGGGCUUCAAAACCCGACACUGAGCUCCACCACCAGGCCCUCCUCCACCACCAGGCCCACCUCCACUACCAGGCCAAUCCAAACCACCAGGCCCACCUCCACCACCAGGCCCAUCUCCACCACCAGGCCAACCUCCACCACCA